CGGACCAAACGCCCUCGGGUCCCGCUGAGCCUUCUCGAACCGACCCCAGAGCCCCCGGGACCCCCCGCGCUGCCUCAUGGCUGGGAAGAAACUGAUCGUGGUGUUCGGGGCGACCGGGGCCCAGGGGGGCUCCGUGGCCCGGGCUCUGCUAGAAGAUGGGACCUUCGAGGUCCGCGCGGUGACGCGGAGCCCCACGAAGAAGGAGGCUGAGGAGCUGAAGCAGAGGGGAGCUGAGGUCGUGAAGGCAGAUCAGGACGAUGAGCCAUCCCUGGAGCUGGCCCUAGCAGGUGCUUAUGGAGCCUUUGUGGUGACCAACUUCUGGGAGCACGGCAGCAAGGAGAAGGAAAUCACACAGGGAAGGCGGGUUGCGGACCUGGCGAAGCGCCUGGGCCUGCGCCACGUUGUGUACAGCGGCCUGGAGAACGUGAAGCAGCUGACGGGGGGCAGGCUGGAGGUGCUGCACUUCGAUGGCAAAGGGGAGGUGGAGGAGUACUUCCAGAAAGUUGGUGUGCCCGUCACCAGCGUCCGACUGCCGUUCUACUUCGAGAACUUCCUCUCCAUCUUCAAGCCGCAGAAGGUCCCGCGGGGAGAUGCUUAUGUCCUGGAACUGCCCAUCGGGGACACCCCCAUGGAUGGGAUGGCAGUGGAGGACAUGGGACCUGUUGUGCUUUCCCUGCUGAAGUCCCCAGGGGAGUACAUGGGGCGGGUGGUGGGGCUCAGCGCCGGCGGGCUCAGCGAGGCAGGAUACGCCGCCGUCCUCUCCCAGCAGACGGGCAAGACUGUGGUAGCCAGCAAGCUCUCACCAGAGGAGUAUGAGGCCCGUGGCUCCCCAGGGGCCAGGGAGAUGGCUGCCAUGUUCCGCUUCUACGCCCUGCGGCCCGACCGCAGCCUGGACCUGACCAUGAAGCUCAACCCCAAGGCCCGCACCUUCCCUCAGUGGGUGGCAGACAACAAAGCUGCCUUCUGACCCCUCCCUCGUCCUCUCCCACCAAGUGUCUGCAGCAGGAAUGAGCCUUUCCAGCAGCCCUGGGGACAGGAGGACCCUGCCAGAGCUGGAAGAGCUUUGGUCCGUGCGUGUGCCCCAGGAUUCUCCUGUGACCAAGUUGAGGGUGUUAGACCAGUCCAGCUGCAGGCAGACAAGGGGGAGCAGCACUACCUUUGCAUACUAUCUUUGGGGAGGUGUUGGUUUAGUGGCUUCACUGCUGGAGGGGUGGUGGUGGCUUGUUUUCCCAGGAUCACCUUCUUUCCACGCAGCUCUGAGCUUUGGGUUCCUUGAGCUAAAUCCAGUUGUAGCCUUGAGAGUUGAAUAAAACCCUUUGCAAGACUGUCCAACCCUAGGAUUUAAGACUCACUGAUUUGGUAGCCACCACAGAGAUGUUCCAGCCAUCCAGCCUUGUCCUUGUUCCUAUUACUGGGGGGGGGAAGGAGG